AAAAUGACAGGGAAUGUAUUGAGAAUGAUAUCAAUCACAGUGAAUUGGCUGUUUCUUGUGCUGCUGUCAAGGUGAAGUUGGCUAAAGAGUUGAAAUCACUUGGACCUGCGAAUAUGGAAAAUAAGAAGAAAAAGAGGGGGGCAAGGAAAAAAGAAGCCUCCUUAUACUUGAAGGAAAUUGUUAGAGAUCAUAGUAUUUUUUUCAUCGGGCUUAUGGAAACGAAGUUGGCUAGCAUUGAUAGAAAGCAUAUUGAUUACUUGAUUGGGAAAGAUUGGGAGUACUUUCAUCAUCCUGCUGAAGGUACUUCAGGAGGCAUUAUGGUUCUAUGGAAGAGGAAUAUGGUGUCUUUUGAUAUAAGGGAGACAUCUUCACAAGCUAUUGUUGGUAGUCUCUCGGUUCCUAACUUGGGAAUUUGGAGAAUUGCCACGGUGUAUGGGAGCAGAAAUUGUAAAGAAAGGGAAAGUUUAUGGAAACAACUCAAUGAUUGUAUGGAGGUUACAAUUCCGUCUAUUAUUGGAGGGGAUUUUAAUUGCAUUAUUGACAAGGAGGAGAAAAGAGGAGGCAAGAGGUUCUUAUUCUCUAAAGGACCAAGGGAGAUGAAAAGUUUUAUGGUAAAUUCUGAUUUCCAUGACAUUGGUAGUAUGGGCCCAAGGUUCACUUGGUGUAAUAACAAAGAGGGAACCUCUCGGAUCUGGGAAAGAUUGGAUAGAUGCAUUUUGAACUCAGUUGCUAUUCAAAUGCUUCCUAUGGCUAUUAUUAAGCAUCUUGCUAGAGUAGCAUCGGAUCAUAGUCCAAUUGUGCUUAGUAUGAAGGAUAGAAUUUGUGGUGAGAAUAAAGUAUUUAAGUUUGAAGACAUAUGGAGAUCGUACCCAGCUGUAAAGAAUAUUGUUUACAACUCAUGGAUGAAGAAUGAUUAUGGUGAUGAAUACAGUAUACUCCAAAGGAAGCUCAAAU